AUGAUACUAACACCGCAUGACAGCGCUCAUGAUACGAACAUCACCCCCAUUUUAGCGGCGCUUGGUAUCGCAUCACCUAGUGAAGAUCUACCAUUGGACAAGAUUCCCUUCCCAUCAACAUAUGAGACUGGCAAUAUUAUCCCCAUGGGCGGCCAUCUGACCCUCGAAAGAAUGAGCUGCAAUGCAACAGCUGCCACAGAGAAGGACGUUUAUGUACGUGUCGUUCUCAACGAGGCGGUUGUUCCCUUCACAUCUUGUCAGGAGGGACCUGGGUUCUCUUGCUCGCUAGCCAACUACACGCAGAUGGUCAACAACAUGCUCCCCAACUUUUUGUCGGAGUGCAAGAUCAACAGCACGUUACCGCAGCAUCUAUCCUUCUGGUGGAACUACAACACUACUUCGGAGUACAACCACCAGACGGCGAGGUACAUCCCUUACCAGGGCUCGAGCUUCGUGUAG